AACCGAUUGUAUCACCACCGCCAACGAUUGCCCAGAGAAGCAGAGCAAUCCCCUGGCCUUGAGCGAGAGCCAGCGAGCGUUCUCGUUUGUUCCCCUCCUGCCCCGAGCCGAGCCGACGUGUUUCUCUCCUCGUCUCUUCCUCUUUCCCCCGCGCGCGAGACGCUAGAAUUCGCAGCAGGCCAGGCCGUGAUGUUUAUCGAGAGCUUCAAGGUCGACAGCCCCAACGUGACGUACGGCGACGCCGAGAUUCACUCCGUGUACGACUACCAGACCACCGAGCUCGUCCACGAGAACCGCAAUGGGGCGUACCAGUGGACCGUCAAGCCCAAGUCCGUCAAGUACGAGUUCAAGACCGACACCCGCGUCCCCAAGCUCGGGGUGAUGCUGGUCGGCUGGGGCGGAAACAACGGCUCGACCCUCACCGGCGGCGUCAUUGCGAACCGAGAAGGAAUCUCCUGGGCAACCAAGGACAACGUCCAGCAGGCCAACUAUUUCGGCUCUCUGACCCAGGCGUCCACCAUCCGUGUUGGGUCCUACAAUGGAGAAGAAAUCCAUGCUCCUUUCAAGAGCCUCCUCCCCAUGGUCAACCCAGAUGAUAUCGUAAUCGGGGGAUGGGACAUCAGUAAAAUGAACUUGGCUGAUGCUAUGGCCAGGGCCAGGGUGUUUGACAUCGAUCUUCAGAAGCAGCUCCGGCCGUACAUGGAGCACAUGGUCCCGCUCCCUGGGAUCUAUGACCCCGACUUCAUCGCAGCCAACCAGGAGGCUCGCGCUAACAAUGUGAUCAAGGGCUCCAAGAAGGAGCAGGUCCAGCAAAUCAUCAAGGACAUGAGGGACUUUAAGGAGAAAAAUAAGGUGGACAAGGUGGUGGUGCUGUGGACUGCCAACACGGAGAGGUACAGCAAUGUGGUGGUGGGUCUGAACGACACAAUGGAGAACUUGAUGAAUUCCAUGGAGAAGAACGAGUCCGAGAUUUCGCCUUCCACUUUGUAUGCAAUUGCUUGUGUGCUCGAGAACAUCCCCUUCAUCAAUGGAAGCCCGCAAAACACUUUCGUUCCUGGACUUAUUGACUUGGCCAUCCAGAGGAACGUUUUGAUUGGAGGAGAUGACUUCAAGAGUGGCCAAACCAAGAUGAAAUCUGUUCUCGUCGAUUUCCUGGUCGGGGCUGGGAUCAAGCCAACCUCAAUCGUGAGCUACAACCAUCUUGGCAACAACGAUGGGAUGAAUCUCUCGGCCCCUCAGACAUUCCGGUCCAAGGAGAUCUCGAAGAGCAAUGUCGUGGAUGACAUGGUCGCCAGCAACGCCAUCCUUUACGAGCCUGGUGAGCACCCGGACCAUGUCGUGGUCAUCAAGUAUGUGCCAUAUGUUGGGGACAGCAAGCGGGCGAUGGAUGAGUACACAUCGGAGAUAUUCAUGGGAGGCAAGAGCACCAUCGUCCUCCACAACACGUGUGAGGACUCCCUCUUGGCCGCCCCGAUCAUCCUCGAUUUGGUCCUCCUGGCUGAGCUCAGCACUCGGAUCCAGCUCAAGGCCGAAGGAGAGGGCAAAUUCCACUCGUUCCACCCAGUUGCAACCAUCCUCAGCUACCUCACCAAGGCCCCUCUCGUCCCGCCCGGCACUCCCGUGGUGAAUGCGCUGGCGAAGCAGAGGGCGAUGCUCGAGAACAUAAUGAGGGCCUGUGUGGGCUUGGCUCCGGAGAACAACAUGAUCUUGGAGUACAAGUGACGAGCUAGUUCAGAACCCCGCCCCUCGCUCGCUCUCUGGUUCCGAAACAACAUGCUCUUUCUUUCCCCUGCGCCAUACUCCGUGGUGAUUGUGUAAAGCCGUGAAGAUUGUCUCGUGAAGAUUGUUAAGCCGUGAAGAUUGUCUCUAGUCGAUGUCAGCAAAAAUCGUCUCCUCACUCCGGUGAUUGUUCCGUUUGUUUUAUGUCUAUAUUACAUUUCAAGGUAAACGCUGUACGAAGGUGCUCAGCGAGCGUUCUCAGCGAGCGUAGGGCCGCUCUGUCAUGCUCCUUCCGUGGAUGAAGCACCCUUUUUGUGGUGCAAAAUCAUAGUAAAUAAAUCUUCCGAUUCCGUGCA